CCUCGGCCUCUUCUUUUGUUGCUUUUGUUGCGAGAUUGCGUUUCUGCAACGUUGCGUGCGUGUAGAGUCAUCUAUCAGCCGAAAUUACCAGCGACAGCUAACCAAAUCGGCUCUCCAGGCCGAGUUGGAGGACAUGGACGCCGGACCCAUUCUUCGAGAUAUCAUGCUGGGCCACUACUCUGACGGAGGAGCAGAAGGGGACAGCAUCUUCUCCGACCUUGCAGUAAGCGAACUGACGGCGAUCGCCGAAGAAGCACGUGGCGCCUUGUCCGAGUCUCCUGAACCGAUCCCGACACGCAGAGCGUCGGCAAAGCGUUGCAAGUCCCGUCGCCAGUCUAGGCCUAACUACGCCGUGCUCGCCGGUAAGUGCCGCACUCGCGUCAAAGGAGAGUCGGUAUCCAGCUCUGACGAAGUUCACGUAGAUGACGAUGAAGACCCGGUUUCGCCGUGCGAUGUAGAAGAGGAGGAGGAAAGCUUAGACGCGUUCAAGACCCGGGGAAGUUGUAUGAGCAAGAAUGCCAUUGCCGCGCGAGAAAAUAGAAUUAAGAAAAAGCUUUAUGUGAACAAGCUCGAGCGAAGCGUCCGCCACCUUUCGACGGAAAACGCGACGCUCAUGAAGCGCACGACCGACAUGAGCCGAGAGAUCGAAGAGCUGAGCGAAGAGGUGCAGUACCUGAGGAGUGUGCUCUGCAACGUUGAUGAAAUAUCGGCUCUUGUGCGCAGCGUUCGGUCGGUUAGGCCUAGCUUGGCGACCAACUUGAAGAAUGGGUACUCCCUGAAGCGCGAGAGAGUCGAGGGAGAUCACGACUACAUUGGUACUGGUGGCAAGAGGAGGCCGCCCGUUGAUAAGAAAGCGGGGGGUGUGUGCAUCCACGUCGCCAACGGAGCCGUGUCGUUGGAGUUUUGCCAUCGGUGCGCCAGCAAGUCCAAGGAUCUUCGGGAGGCACAGUGACGUCGCUAAGCAGCGUUCGUUUAACCGGUUUGAGGCGACGCCUGGGAAUCGGCGGCUCCAUGGGUGUGAACUUCUGGACACAGACAGACAGACGAUGGUCGGUACAGCGUGUCCAAUUUACCAGCGUUAACUAUAGCAGGACUUCGAAUGAGAACUCUGUGUGUGUGCCGCUUCCAGUUUGGGCUCUGAACAGACGCUUUUUUUUGCUUUUCACGGAUUCUCUCGUUUCAGGUGACCGUCUCGGGGUGGCAGACAAGCACCGGGAGACUGCAAGCUGUACCAACUAUUGGCACAGCGAGGGUGGCUGCUUGAGGAUCAUGGUCACACUUUCUCCCACACCAUCUGCGAUGGUUGGUAUCCAUUAACCACCCCAGCUGUACAGACACAACAGCUAGCAAAGCCUAAGUCACUUCGUGUUAGCUUUUGCAUUGUCACUCAUAGCAGCUCUACUGGCUUGCCAGCACUCUUAACCUCAGCAUCGUGAUUGUGAACUAGGAAUUUUUGUUAGCUGUUGAGUGUGUAGACAGGGCAACACAAACACUGUUGCGCUGGGUCUGAAGAACCAGUUAUUGGAGAAGCUUUUUGCUUUAUAGCUUCCACUGCUGUCUUGGUGCUGACCUGGGGAUCACUGCACUCAAGUGAGGACGGUAUGUAGUAGGUCUGGUAAAUCUCGGUGAUGUUUCUACAUAAUGCAAUGAUGCCUCUUCACAAUUUGUUUUCUUUUUUUUUAUUUAGGAUCGUAGCUGCUUGCUAGACUAGCAAGGCUUUCAAUUGUUCAUUGUUAGCAGUUUUUACAAUCGUGUAAAGGAAAGUGCACUGUCGUGGUAAACAUUAGUGUAUGUGAAAAGAUUGUAAAUAUGUUUUGAGCUGAACACUCGACGGCUAUAUGUGCCCGAGAACUGUAAAUAUUGAAUGAAUGACAAGUUGAGCAUCUGUGAAAUAAAUGUGUUGUGCCAUUCAA